AUGAAGAAACAAUCGCUGUUGUUGCUCCGAUGGCUGUUUGCCAUGGUCGUGAUGAUGAAAGUUGUGUUUGAUUUUACAUCAUCAUCGAGGCUUGUUCGGGCAAUGAAAGCACAACGAGAAGGUUCGAUGGAAAUUCAAACCAUUUUUUAUUCUCACCGAUUCAAUACUUGUUGGAAUGUAUCGGAAUACAUGACACGUGCCACAAGUUUUUUGAGAGAGAUGGGAAAUGAGCGAUGGAUACCCGAUGAGUUUGGAUGCUCAAAUAUUUCAUUAUGGACAAAAUAUGGAGUUCAGCCCGUCAUUGCUAGAUCUGGCCAAGAAAUUGUUUGGUAUUAUAGUUUUGUAAUUUUUGAGAAUAUCGGUCAGAGCUAUGAUGUUUGUAAAAAAGUGAGAAAAUGGGAAGAAGCUUUGAAACUAUCGUGUGACUCCCUGUUUUGUGAUAUGAAUAGUAACGUUUCGAUCGAUUUGGCUACAUAUAUUGAACGGGAAACACAAUAUUCAACAACUAUUUAUGACUGGAUCAAUUAUUGCCAAUAUUGUACAAAUGAGAGGACACUGCGAUCUUACAAACAUAUUUCAUUCAAAGCAAGUAAUUUGAAAACAUGUACGCCAAAGGAUGAAAAAGUGAGCGAAAUGUUGAACCAAUAUCCUAGCUCUAUAACAUAUUGUGGAAAUUAUCAAUUUGGAAUUCCGUUUAUCAUUAAUAGCACUGCCGUUGAACCGAACGCACUCUAUGGGAAUUAUUCAUACAUUUGUUAUUGCAUAGACGGCAAUUAUUUUGCUCUCAAAUGUGACAACAAUCUCUCCAAUUUUGCAGCAAGACAAGCCAUAGGUGCUAUUACUUGUACUCUUCAUGGGCUUUCAUUAUUAUUGGCCUUUUUUUCAACCUUUAUUCCAAAAAUCCGAACAUGCAUCAAACAAAAGAAAAUUAUGAACAGUGUGACAAUUACAAGUGUGGUGCUGAGCGAAUUUGUUCUCACUACUGCAAGUAUUUUUGAAAUUUCAUACUCGACAAGUGUUCCAUCUACAGUUAUUAUUAAUACUGGAAUUGCUAUGGUAUUUGCAAGUCUCUUUACUUGGGUAUUGAGAUGGGUAGCAUUAGUAUUGUUCAUCAAGACCAAAAGCAACAAAGUAGCUGCAGUAUUGUACUGUCUAUUAGCAAUUUUGUUUAUUUUGGUUGGAAUUGCGUUGCCAAUUACCAUGACUCUAUUUGGAGAUUUGCAAUCAAUUAUUCGAUUUUUCUCGAUUUACUCAACAGCAAUGUCUGGAAGCACUGGAUUUUUGUUCGCCAUUUCAUCAGCAUGGAUUUAUUGGGCCAUGAAGCAAGUUUCAGAUGUAGACAUUUUCAACUCUUCUUUCUUGAAAUAUGUGGGAUUAUUCACAGUUUCUAGUGCCCUGUUUUCUUUGUGCUACAUGACAAUAUCCUCAACUCCAGGAGCUUUUUUCAAUGGAUUACUGUCAGGUGUUGUCUCCAUUGUGGUUCAUUCUUCACUUGUUGCAAUUUCAAACGGACUGACCUACUCGGAAUUCGAAAAGGAAGAUUUCAACGAUUGCUGGAAUUGUUUGCGUGUUAUCAAAGUCAAACGUGGAAAUCGACAACAGACUACAACAUCUUCAAUCACAGAUACAAAUUCCUCCUAUUACUCGAGACUGAUGCCAUCUGAAGAUGCAAAUUGA